UUCGGGAAGUUCGUCAGUAGCAAUCGCGGAAGCAAACAGUUUGCAGUACCCCUUGGACUUACACGCUACCAGCUCUGCCUUGUUAAUCAGACCGAGUUGCUCCACAUGAAGGCUGCGUGACUCUGUUAUAACUGUGCCGACUUUACGCACCUGCAGCUUGCGUGGACCACUGCGCGCUCGCCCCGGUUGUAGAUUUAACCUGUGAGAAUGUCUCAUCAGAGGAGAAGAGCAGUGCUUCAUUUCAUGUGUCAGCUUCUGUCGGUGCUAGGGUUUGGGGUGGCCCUGAGUGGAAUCUACAUGCUGAUGACGUUCAGACAGAACAGCCAUUUAGUAUCUCAGGCCGACAUCAGUCUUCCUGCCACACUCGCCUUCAUCAGUGCUGGGUUACUAUUGUUCACCGGAUUCCUCGGAUCCUGGCUGAGUCACAAGGAUUCAUCCUGUCUGCAGGGAGUGUUUGUUUACAUGCUGGUCGUGGUCUUUUGCGUCGAAAGUACGGCUUCGGCGUUGGCUUAUUAUCACUCAACAAAGGUGGACUCAGAGAUGGGUACCAUCAGUGGGAUUUUUCAGAAUUACACCGGCAGCAGUCAGGACUCAAUGUCUCGGGCUGUGGAUGCGACUCAAGAGGAGCUGCAAUGUUGCGGCGUCCAUGGCUACACUGACUGGCUGGAAACCUCCUGGUUUAUCAGAACAGGUCGGCUCGCCUUCCCUCAAAGCUGCUGCAACACAACUUUCACAUCUUGCAAUGGCACUGUGGAGCAGCCGUGGCAGCUUUACACACAGGGCUGCCAGGUGAAGCUGAGGAAGGCCAUACAGUUUGUCCUGAGUUUGCUCAUCUUUGGCACCCCUGUGGUUUUUCUAGUGGAGGUUGUGUUGUUUGUGACAGUGGGACAGCUGAUGAGAGAACUACCAUUUGUGGAGUAUCGACUACUGAAUAAAUGAAACACCGUGACAGAUGGGAGUGCACUAACAUUUGCACAGAUACGGCUGAGACUUAAUAUUAUGUUGUAUUGUGCAGACUUCACUUGUGUUGAUUGACAGAGGGGUUGUAAAGGACACUACCGCACAUGUAACGUAAAACUAAUAAGAGAUAUUUGUGUAAUGCAGCUGUAUUGGAAUUAACGUUGGAGUCUUGUGCGGCUGAGUUGUUAAAAGCACUUCUAUUAGAGUUCUGUUAAACUAGCAAGUGUGGUAUGGCUGGUGUUAUUGUGUGCUGGGGUAUUUUUUGUUAAAGAGCAUUCCUUUACAGUUUAUGUGCAAUGUGUAAACUGGCACGUGCAAUAAAAUGAAUUUCUGACAGACA